AUUAAUUGAUUUCAAAUACAUAAUACAUAAAACAUGUACAGGUAUUGUAAUAGACAUGGAUUGACAGUUAUAACUGCGACAGCUAUUGUUGUUGGCUGUCAUCAGUGGUCGAAAAACUGUUAUCAUAAGCACCGGGAUAUUGUUGACACACAAUGUCCAAGUGAAUUGUCGGCACUGGAUGAACAACAACACGGGCAGACAGUUGGCUAUCAGUUGAUGAAAAUGGCUUACAUGACUAACCGAAAGUACAACAUUGAUUUCAUAUACAAUUGGAUGGACACGAAAUUUGUUAGAGUCCGGUCACCAUCGAGCUAUAAGAAAAUAGUAUUGGGAAGCAUUGGCACCGGUAUUAUCGUAAACUUUCACAAUACACCCUUAAUUGUGACCAACGAACACGUAACCGAUGGCCAUCAUAUUGUAUAUGUAAAAUGUAAUCACGAAUUGGUGAACGAAACGCGAGUCGGUUUAGUUGUUUACAGGAAUCCCGAACUGGAUUUAGCGCUCAUAUAUGUGUCGAGUCUGAGAAUUGGUCCGAUGGUUGGCGGCUGUACUAUGGAAUCGGUUACCGAACUCGAGUUUGGCGAUGAAGUCAUAUCUUUGGGUUUCGGCCAAAACGAUCCCAAUGUUAUUAACAUGGGUUACGGACAUGUGGUUUGUACGGACAGUCUAACACCGCCGCCCGAUCCCGAUCCCGUUGAUGUGAAUCGCAAUAGUAGAUACGUGAAACAUACGGCCGGCCAGUAUCCCGGGUUUUCCGGUGGCCCUACCGUUAAUUUGUCCGGCAAAUUGGUGGCCGUUAACAGUGUUGGCAAUUUGACUAAUGAUUUUAAAUAUUCAAUACAUGCCAGCAAUUUGAUUGAAAAUUUUGUUGGCAAUGGUCCUGAAUUUCAUACACAACAGAUUGCCAGACGGGAAAGGGAGCACUCGUUGAGAUUAGGACUAACCCUACAAUGGUGUCCAUACUAUGGUCUAAAUGGUGUUAUGGUUUACGAAAAGUUUUGCCUAACACAGGGAAACCAAAAUUUGAACAGACUUGACAUUAUAGUGGAAAUCAAUGGACAACAAAUCAGAUCAUUGGAUCACUUUAUGUAUGAGAUAAGCCGUUUUCCUGACAACAACAACAUACCGGUGCUUAUUCAUAAUGAUAGACAUUAUUCGGGCAUACAUUAUCCAGAUAUUAUUAGAGCCCAACAAUUGAACUUAAAGUGGAUUUGA